UUGAGCUGUUAGUGUCGUUACAACUUUCUCACAUACAAAAUUCGUUGUCUCUACGCUUGUUCGUUAACUGCAUUCUUUGGACUAUCUUUCAAUCCCGUUUGCUGGCAUUGUUUUGGCUUUGAGAUGCAAUCAGAUCUGGAGGUGUACAACCAGCCAGGUGCUGGUCAAGUAGAUUCGCCGGCGGAACGGCAAUACGCCCAUGACCCUGACAUCCAUGGUUCAAAUCAUGCGCAGAGACGUGGCAGCGGCGGAUCGAAUCCCGAGCAGCAGACGGCGGAUGUGGAGCGCGCAUGCUGGAUAUGUUUCGCAACACGCGAGGACAACCGGCGGGCCAAGUGGGUGCAUCCGUGCCAGUGCCGCGGUGCCACCAAGUGGGUUCACCAGAGCUGUCUGUACCGCUGGAUCGACGAGAAGCAGCAGGGUAACCACCGGCGGUCGGUGGUUUGCCAGCAAUGCCAAACUGAGUAUGUUAUCGUCUUUCCCCGAAUGAAUCCCCUGGCCGUGAUGCUGGAGAAGGGGGAUAUCGCCGUGAGGCGAAUCUGCCCCUAUUUGGCACUCGGAAUGAUCCUGUGCUUGGUUUACUGGACUGCCAUCACGUACGGAGCCGUCACUGUCUUUCAGGUGAUGGGUCAAGAUCGCGGCGUCAGGCUGAUGGAGAAUAUGAUCUUCCUGUUGGUGGGUCUACCCUUCAUUCCGGUGGGUUUGAUCCUAUUCCGACUGGUGCGCUGGGAGGAUGCCGUCUUGAUGGUCAUGCGCAGCAGAUAUAAUAUUCUGCGCAAGCUGCCCUUUUUCCACUGGGCCGGGGAGCCGGAAGCUGGAGCAGGAGACUUGGGUGCCUUGAGCGAUAGUUCCAACAGUUUGCCACUGAUCCAUCAUAAUCCGUCCAUCUCCGAACCCGGCUACAUCUCUCGACUCAUUUGCGGUGCCUUUUUCCUGCCGACCGCCGCCACCGCGGUGGGAAACGUGUUCUUCAGGAACAUAGAGGAUCCACUGCACCGCACCAUCAUCGGCGGAAUGGCCUAUAUCGGGAUUAAGGGACUGCUGAAGAUCUACCUCAAGCAGAAGCUAUAUGUGCGCCGCCGGGGUCGUCGCAUUGUGAACUACACCGAUGAGAACAUAAGGAUGUAUUUGGGUGGACAGAUCGGCGAGGCACCUGCCAAUGCCAAUAACAAUCCGGAUCAAAGGUUUGGAAUCGGGCGCCAGUUUGCCGGAUUUGAUGAGAACAUGGAGGACAGCUCUAGCGUGAUCACCACGGACUCUGAGGAUAGUGACUUUUGAAUGUUGAAUGAAUAUUGGAAACGAGCAUUAAAAUAGCACGAGCAUUUUGAAAACUGCAGCUUGGAUAUAUGCAUAGAUGCCCCAGUAAUUUAUUAACCUAUAUAAUUGUUAUAUAUUUUAAUACAUUGAAUUCCUAUAAGUAAUA